AUGGACGUUGACUUUAAAUACUUAGGAUUUGAAAGCUCAGUCAUUGUGGGAAACAACAGAAAUCACUUGACCUUGUUAAGAAACUGGCUAGCACCUGUGGCAAAAAGCGUGAAUUCUCUCUGGAAGCGCUGUUGGCGUGCAUCCGUGGACGGCUGGGCUGCAAGUACAUUUCACUCACGAUGUGACAGCAAGGGCCCGACUGUGACAAUAAUAAGGGUCGGGAGAUAUAUUUUCGCAGGAUGCACAAGUAUUUCAUGGGGUAAGUGAGCAUUGAAAGCCAUGGCUGUGGAAUUUAUACCUUUGGCGUAAUUGGCAUUCAUAUGUUCAGCUAAAAGUGCAGCAUGGUACUUAACAGUGUGAAAUCAUGUGACUGUACCUUUCAUACAUGGUUAAGCAUUGGCGUACAAAGGUUCUAUGUUAAUAGCUCUAGAUGCGAGCCCAUAUCCACUCGUUCCUCAAGGGGCGAGGACCGCCCCUCCUACACUCGCACGGUGUGAAUGAGCGCCACCCCCCACCCCUUCUCUAGAGUUCUGGUUCUGCAGAUGAUAAGUGAAGCAUUUCUAGAUUGUCAAAACGUGCCCAAAUUCCAGGCUAAUGCUAUAAUAAUACAUGUAAUAAUUUUGAGGUUCUAAAAUAUCGAUAUUGUUCGGACUUUCUUGCCAACCUGCUAUCCUCCAUACUUCAAUUCCCAUAUUGCAAAAGUAGCGACUAACGUACUUCAUCGCAAGUUUUUGGUGAAAUUUGCAAAUUUCGGCUAAGAAAAAACACUCGAUCGAAUUUGUUUUAUGAGAAUAAGGUAUUUACUGUUUUUAAUUAAUAAUAAUAAUCAUCGUCAUCAUUAUGACAGGCACAAGGACAAUGUCGCUAACUUAUCUUACAAAAGUUCUGUUUCAUUUCUUUUAGCUUCUGGUGACCGGUAUCAAUACGACUCAAAAGCCUUCUUAUUUUCGCUGGUAAACAAGCCAGGAUGGGCGCCUGUCAAAUUGUCUCAGUCAGGACAAUCUAGUUCUAGCAGAGCACAUUCCAUAUUCUUUCGCUCAACCUAUGGGCCUACAUUCGGAGGAGGACAUGACAUUAACAUCAAAAACUACGCGUCAUCUAAUAGCAAUUCUUACAGCGACCUUGGCUAUACUUACAGCCCACCGAGCGGGUACAGCUACACAAGCACCUUCGCACGAACAUUCCUGGCAGGAACAUACAGCUUCACACCAGACAAAGUUGAAACCUUUUACGAAACAACCUAA